CUUAUUCAUUCAUUCAUUCAUUCAUUCAUCACCAGACCCAAGUGGAAUAUUUUUGACAUUAUAAUAAAAUAGUCUAUCAUAUUAAACACAGCGUUGAUUUAAAAGCACAUAUAAUUUACAAUGUAAAAUACUGUACAUCAGAAAAAAAAUGUUUAGAUAAUGCUAAAUUGAAACCUUUUGCAACCUUCGUUGGGGUUGUUGAAUGUUUAAGAUGAAAGAACAUUUUAACUAAAGUAACUAUAAGAGUGCAAAAUUUAUGAUUUGUGUGAAACAAGGGCUGUUGGGCACAGCCAUGUUAACUAAUCAGAGAUCAGUAAGAUGAUGACAUUGAAUUUUAAUAGAUAUUGUCAAAGCAGAUUUUAUUUUUUAUCAUGAAUAACUGUAACAUUCAAAUCAUCAAACAGCAGUGCACAUAAAUAAAUAAAUAAAUAAUAGAAAAAAAGAUAAGAUUCUGAUGUGGAAAUUACUUGGGCUCUGAAUUAUUUAGAAAAACUAUAAUCAGGGAUACCUGAUUUAGUUAUUAUUAUUAUGCAGUUUAAAAAUUUUAAAGAUCUUUAACUUCAGACGGUGCAGCAAUUGUGUCUCAACAUACUUUAUCUAUUUUUUAACAUGCUGAGGAUCCUAUUUCUAAAAUAUAUACUAGGUGCACUGUUGGCAUCCACACCCAUAACUACGACGUCACUAAAGCACACGAUGUCCAGUUUUUCACUUUGUAUUAGCAUUUAAAUUAAUUUCAUAAAUUGUACCUAACUAAAAUGUUCCAAACUUAUGUCCACUGAAUGGCCUAUGAAUAAUUGUCAGAGUUCCAUAAGCAUAAUCUCAAUUGGUUUCUUUCUUAUGAGUGUGCGGGGAAAUAUGUUUUACAUGAAUUUCAUUGAUAAACCAAUGAAAAGGUGGCCACAAAUAGCAACAGAUGACGUUGCAAGUGACGCACGCACUGUUGCAACGUCAAACGUCGUCCCCCCUUGCUCGUGCCAUGCGCACUGACGCUUGUUGUUGUUGUUAUUGAGCUGGUCGUUAUGGCUGAACGAGGCCUCGGACUUAACUGAAAGAGGACCCCCGCCUCGGGACGACCCGCCAUCCAUGGAGGGCACAGACAUGGACGUGGAUGCAGAGCUCAUGCAGAAGUUCAGCUGCAUGGGCACCACGGACAAGGACGUCCUCAUCUCGGAGUUCCAGAGGCUGCUGGGCUUCCAGCUCAACCCGGCCGGCUGCGCCUUCUUCCUGGACAUGACCAACUGGAACCUUCAGGCUGCUAUUGGUGCAUAUUAUGACUUCGAAAGCCCCAGUGUCAACACACCAUCCAUGUCCUUUGUUGAAGAUGUGACAAUUGGCGAAGGAGAGUCUGUUCCUCCGGACACACUGUUCACAAAGACCUGGAGAAUACAAAACACAGGCGGAGAGUCAUGGCCGCCAGGUGUUUGUCUCAAAUACAUUGGAGGGGAUCAGUUUGGGCAUGUAAACUCCGUUAUGGUGAAGUCUCUAGACCCCCAGGAAAUUUCAGAUGUGAGUGUACAGAUGAGAAGUCCUACAAACCCAGGCAUGUACCAGGGCCAGUGGAGGAUGUGCACAGCAGCCGGGUUGUUCUACGGAGAUGUGAUCUGGGUGAUUCUUAGCGUAGAAGUCGGCGGUCUACUUGGCGUCACUCAGCAGCUUUCUUCCUUUGAGACGGAAUUCAACACGCAACCGCAGCGCAACGUACAGGGGGAUUUCAACCCGUUCGCCUCGCCGCAGAAGAACAAGCAUGAUGCCACUGACAGCAGCUUCAGAGACCCCGGAGGAGCCUGGGAGCGCACACAAGAGCCAAUCCAGCAAGAUCAGAACGGACUGUCUCAUAAUGCUGUAAAUAGGGCGUCAAACGGUCUCCAAACAAAUCUUUCCGUGGUGACUUAUGGCCAGGGUAUUCAUGGUCCCUAUCCGUUUGGAAAGAGCUAGGAAGACAAAGACCCCUCACCCCCAUGAUGAAAGAUGAGCUCUAACAUCAUGGGAAUCCUUAAGUGCAGAGGAGUUGGGGGGGGAAAGGAACUGAUAUUUUCUUUUUUUUGUUGUUUUUUUAUGGACUCAUGACAACUCUCCCUGAAACCUUUAUGGACCUUUCAACAGACAAACAACGGUGACCUGAUGGAUCAUAUGUACUGCAGUGAAACAUCCAACCUGACAUGGAUUCACACCUGUGAAUGCUUCAUUUAAGAGUGCUUUAAACCUCUGAAGAUGGAUACACAAGAAUAUUUUUAUUUUAACUUGUAAGACAUGCCUAAAUAAGGAGAAAAUCCCCCUAAAAAACCGACAUACAUCUGCUACUCCCAUGGGCAGCUGAAUAGUUUCUGUCCUUUGAAUUCUCAAAAAACUGUUUAAUAUUAUUCUCAAAAAGUGGCAACAAUCAUGUAUCAUUUUAAGUGUUUUCACAUGGGUUAAAACAACAAAGUAUCUUUUAUAAGCAGCAACACUCUAAUUUUAUUAGACUUUGAUUGAAAAGUUGGAUCAUGAAAAUACUGAUCGGUCGAACUAUAAGCAGACUUUGUUUAGAAGGAAUUUUCAAUCAUGACUUUUGUUGUUGCCCAAAAGCUACAGCAUUCUGAUUUGGUGACAAAUGAAGGGUUAGUCCAUUAGUGAAGCUCAAGAUGGCCUACGGUCAGUAACUGGCUUUCAUCAUUUUAAGUCUGCCAUUCUUAGUUCAAGCGCAGUGCCCAUUUGAUCGUUUCAAAUUUAGCUUUUAGAGAGAAAAUCUUAAACAUAUUUGGUCUGUUUAAGCAUUUUUAAAAAGGAGAUUAACAAAUUUCGUUCAACAUUUGCUGAUCUAAUAUGUGACCUUUGAAUUGUGACGCUUUGGUUGUGUAGAUAUUUUUCAAUCUGAAGGAAUAUGUUUCUUAAUUAGUCUCAUACAUGAAGAUUUCAGCUUUUUAUUUAUUCUCAUUUCUUGGGAAGGAAACAGUGAAAAACUUCCCAUGCUGCAACACUAAACGUUGUCACACUAUCUAGCAUCCUUAUCAAUAAGCUAGUCUUCAAUAUCAGUUAUUUUGUCUGUAUGAUCAUAACUACUCCCAAAGAUACAACCCAGAGAGCCAAAACACUAACUAUCAAGUAUUACAAUGUGAUUCUGCCCAAUUCAGUUUGCAUGGGACAGUGUGCGGUUUCUAUGGUGGGUUUUCACCUUAAACAGAUGCUGAAGUGCAACAAGGAUGGAAGUGAGUGAGUGAGAAGGGUUGAAAAAGCCAUUUAAAUCUAUUUUGCCUGGCGAGUGACUGUAGUUUGAGUCCAUGUGUACAGGAUGUGUAGUAAAUAUAAAAUGUAUGCGCGAGCGUGCCUGUUGUGGAUGUAUCUCAAUGGUUUCUCCCUGGAUUUAACUGACGUAAAAAUAGUGUAUACUACUUGGGUAAAGGAUGAAUGGACACAUACACGUCAUUACAGAGAGAGCUUUAAACGUAAUGUACCUCAGAAGUAUUUUUGGGUGAUCUAUUUGGAUGAUUUUGCCACAAGUACCCUGAUGUUAUUUAUUUCAUGUCUUUUUGUGCGCUGCAGAGUCAAAAAUUUCCCAUUGACGGCCAGGAGGUGGUGCUAAAAAUCAAAAGACAAACUUGAGAUCGCGAUGAGAACCAAUUUAGCUUGAGCUUGGUAGAACAUGUUAAUACUAGAUAUAAUGGUUUGCAUCAGCAUUGUUAGCACCGGCGAUUUGUUUUCUAAUAUUUGCACUAUACUUUUGACCACCUCUGCUGAGGACCUUUUAUUUUAUAGAGUUGGGAUGUGACACCAGCAUUUUCCAAAAAAAAAAAAAAAAAAAUCCUGUCCUUUUUUUUUUUUUCGUCUAACAGUCUCCAUUUUAGGACAUAAAGGUUAAAAACGGCAGUUUGAUUGCUGCACAGAAAUAUCAGAUGUUAGAAAUAAAAAAAUAAACUUGCCUUUUGUUUCGAUCACAUGAAUGAGCUUUGCUGUUACACCUGAAGCUGUACUUUCAGUUUUAAAAUGUUCAUCAUGCUUGUGAUUUUCAUGCAUGUUUGAAAAAAAAAAUAAUAAUAAUAAAAUGGAAAAAAGUUAUUUACAGAGCCCCACAAUUGUUUAUCUUUACUAUUUUUUUCUCCAAAAUGCUGGCACAAACUUUUACUAUCCAUAAAAAUGAUUUGCUGAUUUGUAAACUGAACCAGCCUUUUGCAGUUCUGUUGUAAUUGUCACGAGAGUCCUCUUCCCAAACAGUAUACAGUGUUCUUCAUUGCCUCUGUUAGUCACAACAGUUUUUGUUUUCUAUCUAACUGUGUGUGCGUGCGUGUGUGUGUGAGCUUCCUUAUUGUGGGAUCAUGUGUGACGGGCGGUUGCUAAGGAAGCUUAAAUAUUGCUGGAUUUAUUCUUUGGUUUCAUUUUUGUGACUAUGUAUGGACUUGAGAUGAGUGGCAUGAGUUGAGUGGAUGUGUUGAGAGUUUGCAUAGUCCUGAAAUAGCACAUUUAUGUGGAGAUGAAGUUGUUAAAGUUUUUUUUUCUGUAUCUAUAAGUAAGCAUUUUUAUGAUUAAAUUAACACUAAAACAAUGA